AUGAAAUACGUCCAACAAUAUUGCCUGAUCGACACUCCUCAGACGAGCGCCGCCUCCAAUUGUGCCGCAAAAUGCAACCUGGCAGAAGAUGCAAUGAAGACGUCGUGGAUUUACAAUGGUGUGCAGAAUCAGUAUAAUUACUGCAAUUGGAACUCGUCACAGUACACGCAGUAUGCGGGGGAUUGUGCUCAGUGUUUGCAGGGACAGGAGAAUGGUGUGAUAAUCGGCAAUUUUGCAGACACGAUGUAUCGUGCGUGUGAAAAGAAGCCUGAUAUUGCGAAUGGACAACUGGUAACCACGGCGCGUGCUCUUUUCGACUCUGCUACCCUGGACAUUGCGACGGCGACCCAAACACAGACAGGAACAUCAGCGAAUGCUACGGCUGUAGCUACGACUGGUGCAACAACAACGGCGGCAUCUCCUGAACAGUCCCCAACACAGUCUAGCUCGAGGCACGGGCUGUCGACAGGUGCAGCAGCAGGAGUUGGUGUAGGCAUUGGUAUAGCUUUGGCGGCACUCGUUGGUGGCGUCAUCUUCUGCAUUCGACGCAGACGGAAGGCGGCAGGCACGGAGUUGGACAGCGGAACUUAUCGGUCUGAGCUAUCGGCGGGCGGGAAAGGUCAGGAAAAGCCAUUCUUGGUGGAGGCUGGGGAUGGCCGACUGCCUGCGCAAGAGCUUGAUGCAAGCGGGAGAUAUUGA